AUUCUCACCAUCAAAUCGAACUAUUUUGAUGAAGAUCAUGUUAUUUACAUUCAGAACCUUCGUGGCGAGUGGAGUAUUACUCAGGUGGGAAGGAUGGAGACUCAACCUCUUCCUGAUGCAGCCACGCAGCUGACAGUUUCUCAAAGUAUUGACUGGCGGACGGACAAUGUCAACGCCAACUCAAACGGCAUGCCCGUGUUGAAUUUUGAGUCCAUGACCACAGAUUCAAAUCCCGUUUUCGACUGGGUCAUCAACCGACUCAAGCAACUUGUCUAUCCUCCUCCGGAAUGUAUUGCGAAUGCAAGCUGUUCAUCGAUUCAUAGGGUUGUUUCUUUGUUUCUCAUACAAGGGAAAUUGAACUAUAACGUUGAGGCUGGAAAAGGAAUUGGCUGCACAUUUCGUCCUGGCUUCAUCACAUCAGGUGCA